GAGCAGGACGCAGUGUCCUGAGCGGCCGGCGGCGGGCUCGCCCCGCCCCUCCCUCCUCUCCUCCGGCGGCGGCGGCGGCGGGCGGAGUGAGCUGCGGAGCCUGGAAUAUGGUCGGGGAAAUGGAAACGAAGGAGAAGCCGAAGCCCACCCCAGAUUACUUGAUGCAGCUGAUGAACGACAAGAAGCUUAUGAGCAGCCUGCCCAACUUCUGCGGGAUCUUCAACCACCUCGAGCGGCUGCUGGACGAAGAAAUUAGCAGAGUACGGAAAGACAUGUACAAUGACACAUUAAAUGGCAGUACAGAGAAAAGGAGUGCAGAAUUGCCUGACGCGGUGGGACCCAUUGUUCAGUUACAAGAGAAACUUUAUGUGCCUGUAAAAGAAUACCCUGAUUUUAAUUUUGUUGGGAGAAUCCUUGGACCUAGAGGACUUACAGCUAAACAACUUGAAGCAGAAACAGGAUGUAAAAUAAUGGUCCGAGGCAAAGGCUCAAUGAGGGAUAAAAAGAAGGAGGAGCAAAAUAGAGGCAAACCCAAUUGGGAGCAUCUAAAUGAAGAUUUACAUGUACUAAUCACUGUGGAAGAUGCUCAAAACAGAGCAGAAAUCAAGCUGAAGAGAGCGGUUGAAGAAGUGAAGAAGUUACUGGUACCUGCAGCUGAAGGAGAAGACAGCCUGAAGAAGAUGCAGCUGAUGGAGCUCGCAAUUCUGAAUGGCACCUACAGAGACGCCAACAUUAAAUCACCAGCCCUUGCCUUUUCUCUUGCAGCAACUGCCCAGGCUGCUCCAAGGAUCAUCACUGGGCCCGCGCCUGUCCUCCCACCAGCUGCUCUGCGUACACCCACGCCAGCUGGCCCUACCAUAAUGCCUUUGAUCAGACAGAUUCAGACCGCUGUCAUGCCAAACGGAACUCCUCACCCCACUGCUGCAAUAGUCCCUCCAGGGCCUGAAGCUGGGUUAAUCUACACACCCUACGAGUACCCCUACACGUUGGCACCAGCUACGUCAAUCCUUGAGUACCCCAUUGAACCCAGCGGUGUGUUAGGUGCGGUGGCUACUAAAGUUCGAAGGCACGAUAUGCGUGUCCAUCCUUACCAAAGGAUUGUGACCGCAGACCGAGCCGCCACCGGCAACUAACCUAUGACCUUCUGACCUCUGAACUCUUCACCCAAUGAUGACCUGACCAUGCCUGCCUGCUGAUCAGUUAACUGGUAAUCGCCUUUGCUUGCCUGUCGUCAGUGCAGCGAGCUGAGGCACUUGUCCGUUCGUCUUACCAUCUAACCAAACAAAAGACAAAGAAAUUGUCCUCCAACUCAGCUUUUCCCCCCCUGUUUGGGUGAAAGUGGUUCUAGAACCUGCACUGAAUAGUAGUAAAGCAAUAAGGCCCGAUUCAUCCCACAGCACUGAUCAUCUUUCAAUGCCCCACCCCAAGCGAACGGUAAGAAGGCCUCUCUUAAGAAGGGGAGACAGAUGGCCCUAACUACUCAGUGACAGAGGCAGUUACUGUGAGAGACUUGUAGGAAUCCUUUUCUUUCCUAGCGAAGUCAAAGCUCUCUCUGAAUGUACUGUGUGACAAUGCAUCAUGCAUGAACCUUCGGUCAGGGAUGUCAUUGGGGAAGUGACUUCAAAAGUAUUCAAAAUUUGACAUGCUGUUUGUUUAGUCACUACAGUGCCCUCAAAGGGCAGACAUUGCAGCCUUUUUAUAUUGCCUGCCAAAAUUUGAAGUAUUAGAACAAAGUGUGCCAUGAGAGAAAAACUUAACAAGGAGUUUUGAAAAGUGCAAAGAACAAAACUACAACACUAUUUUUAAAAAGUUGAGUAUCUGAGUUAAAAUUUUCAAAUCUUUAUUUUACACCACUUAAAAUUAUACGAGAACAAGGUACAUGCAUUAUGUGUCACAUUACUGGGCAAACUGUUCAAAUAUUUUUUUUAAACCUCCCUGUAUAGAAAAUAUCAUUAAGGAUGUAAAAGCCAUGCUUGCCUAUUUGCUGUAUACAUGUAAUGAAAUUGUAGAUAAAGUGUAGUGCAUUGAAACAAAUGAACAAAAAGUAGAUACUUUUACUAUACAAGGGUGCUGGUGCAGAAAAAAUAUAUAUAUUUUUGGAAAUGUAGCAUUUUAUACUUUCAAGUGUUAUAAAAAAAAGAAAAAGAACAAAGAAACCCUUUAUUUCAUUAAAUGAUUUUUUCUGGUGGUUGUCAAGAAACAAAAGACCAAAAGAGCCUUUUUGUCUUUCUUUUUUAUUUUUUAAGUAUUGGAAUAAGUCUAAAGAAAAAGAAAGUGCCUUAUUUUCCUUCAUGGUCAUUUAGUCAAGUGUCCUGUAAGAUCAGCUCCUCCCUCAGAAUAAAGUUACUGCAUGUUCCUCCCUCGCCCAGUAUGUGAAAGGAGAUAUGAGGAGAGACAAAUGAGUUGAUGGUCUAAAUGAUAAGAUUUGUGUCACGUUAUCUUGAUGCCAGUUUGCCAAAUCUGAUACUGUGAAAAAAAAUUUGAUAGCUUUUCUAAUGUCUGACUAGUAAAUUUUAAAAUGCCAUUCUUUUACAAAUCAUAAUUGAGUUCUUUUAGUUAUUACCGUCUUCAGUGUUAGCCCAAAGAAUUCUGAAGUUUAGAAAAAAAUUAUGUGAGAUCUGAACAUCAGUUUACAGACAAAAUUAAAUUAGAACUUUAUUUUAUUUGGAGAAGAGGAAUACAAUGGAUUUUUUUUCUUACCAAUUAGAAAUAAUCGUAAUGCCUAAAAAACUUUUUCACAAAAAUGAAUCUUUGAAAUUUUUUAUUGUUGAAAAAGUGUUAAGUAACCUAAAUUUAAUCAGCUAUCUUAUGUAGUCCAUCUCUGCUGGCUUCAGUAACUGCUCCUAACCACACCGUUUUAACUCUAAAGGAAUGUGGAAAGCCUGCAUCACAGCUACACUGGAUGCUCAGCUCCAUUCCUUUUCCUCUUGAGUUUCUCUCUUGAAAGUCACACAGUUUUGUAGUUGAAGCAGUUUAUGUGCAUAUAAGCCUGCAUAUAAACACUUGAGUUAAUAAGUCAUUGAACUGCCCAGUACCAGAUGUGGCAAAUCUCAAGUGAUUGUGAACUCCUGGCUCAUCAACUCAUGCCCUCUUCCAUACCCUCAUGGCUUCACAGUCAAGGUCAGCAGGAAGCUCACUGGCCACCUUCACGGUGACCUCUCCAUUAUUCUGUCUCACUUGGAACCAUUUUCAGUUUAUUUACUAUGCAAUAGACAGUCCUUGUUUGUACUCAGCUUUGGUUUAAUGUACCACUGCUUUGUCUUUCUGUUACACAUGUGGUGGUUUUGAUUUAUUUACAAUAUAUGCUGUGCCAUUUUGAUUUUUAUUUUGGUUGGUUGGUUGAAUAAAUAUGCGACACUCAGAACACUUGAGGUGAUAGUUUAAAAGAAAAAGAACAGUACCAGUAUUUGAUCCAGUCUCAUCUCAGCUGUGUUAUACCUGGACAUUUUAGAUGUUUAUCAAAGGUCUUUUAUGGGGAAGAAAGUAAAUGUGUAAACCAAUAGACGUGUGACGUUUAUGAGUAAUGCUGGCUCUGAACAAACUUCUGAAAACUUAGUUGACAGUGUUUUGAGUCAACUGAAAAAAGCAUGACUUUUGGAAUCUCUGAAUGCCUUGGUUCUCAGUAUUAUCACUCUAUUGAAUUUUUUUCUUAUUAAAGUAUGUAGUUUUUUAGACUUUUUUCCUGACAGUAUUAUGUAAUUUUUUGGCGUGGGUAGAUGGGAGUGUCGCUUGUAUGUUACCAUACAGCUGACAUGUAUUUUUUGUCUAUUCUUUAUUAUCUUAGUAGUUUCAUGCUGUGUAUGUACCAUAACCAACCUAUUGCCUAUGAGAAACAUGUAAGAUAAUGUAUUUACAGCCAUUGUUACAAGUUUAUAAUGUAUUUUUCUAUCUUGUUUUAUAUGUAUGUUAUAUAACAUUCAAAAGAAUUUUUUUCUUGAUUGAGAAAAGGAUACAAAAUGCAAAAUCCACAAUUUUGAUAACUGAAAAUCGCCAAUUGUUUUGCAGUACUUUAUUAUAUUGGUGUCUUGUCUUUCUUGGGCUUUUAGUUAGCUGAUGAAUGAAUACGUUAGACACUUCUGGGUUUUAGUUGGGAUUUUACAUAGCUUGCAUUUAAUUCUUUGGUUCUUUGCUGUUUCUAUUAACCCAUAGCAUUAUUUUAAUAAAUGUUAUAAUACCAACCUACUAACUCUGGACUAUGUCUGUUUAUUAACCUUUAAAUGUUUAAUGAAGAUAAACAGGGAUAAAUAAAGUCUUGAGUUCCUGGACUAACACUGAAGAACGUGACCACAGAUAACAUAGUGUGACUUGUUUUCUGUGUUGUUUGUCAGCUGACAGUUGUGCACACUACUGCUAAAAUGGCCUUUUACCACGGAGGGUAGGUGCCAGUUAGGAUGGGAGCAGGGUAGCAUUUGCCAGGCAGUCUCCUGGUCAUGCCACUGGCCUUUCAGCAUCUGCAUUACUAAUUCCACACUUUAUUUUUCCUGCUCCAAAAUAAUCACCCUCUGCUCACAGCAUAAAGAGUCAAGAUAUUUAUUGUAAUGAUACACACCUUGAGAGACCAGUUUGAUUCGUUUUUGAGCCUUUUGCCUGCAUUUCUGUGAUCGGGUCAUUUUCGGUCUCAUAAAGUUAAUAGUCAGUUGAUGUUUCCCGUGUUGUUUAGCUAGCUGCUCCUAUUAGUGUUGAGUUGGCCUCUCUAGGCCUGGCAGCCCCAUCCUGUCUGUGCCCCGCCCCCUCUUAGUGUCUUGUAAAGCUCAUCCUAGGUGGCUUUACCUUUACCCACUUCAGGAACAGCCUAGACAACUACAUGGGAAGAAUGGCAGAAACAAACACUGUAACCUGGGGGAGAUGAGACUAUGAAUGAAAAUAUGAGUGUGUGUGUGUGUGUGUGUGUGUGUGUGUGUGUGGUGAAUUUAUAGCAGAUUUAGAUCCUUCAUUCUCCCAUGCUUCACUUGCCUGUGCUCUGUAAAGGGACCUCUUCCUCAGCACUUAAAUCCAUUGUUGUGUCAAAUGGACAGUUACCUUGUCUGGGGAAAAAACACUUAACAUGAUCCAGAACAAACCAAAAAAAAAAAAAAAAACCCUUCUUAGAAUGAAUUUUGCUUUUGUAAGUAAUGGUUUAUGUUUUGAAAUGUGGUUUAGAAUCCUUAAAAUUAAGGGCUGAAAAUUAACUUUCUGAAAGAAUAUUGUUAAAAUACUAUUCUGUGCAUAUCUGAAGCUCAAAACAGUGAGACUGGUUUAUCUCUGAUCAUUUUUGGUCCUGUACACACAGGAUAUCUCUGAUAAGAGGAGGAGACCGCAUCAUAUUGGGUAGACAGGUUCCCAUUGCUAUAACAAAUAUGCUUAGUGCUCCAUGAGUGUUUUCAGAGGCUGCUGCUGCUGCACAAAAGCCCCAAUGGUAACUUGUUACAACUGUUGAUGAAGAACUCGUGUGUCGUUAAAUAUUCUCUGAAGAUUUGUGCAUUCGGUCUCAUCCUGUUUUCAGUGAGGGCACUUGAUGUAAAUAUGUAAAUAUGUCUCAUUGCUACCAUUCCUAUUGAAUAUAUUGCUCAAAGAGAGUCCCACGUACAGAUAGAGUGGUAUGCCACAUUUUUAUAUAAGUACAGUAAUAAUAGACAGCCAAACGAUAGAUAGUAAUGUUCUAGUGUCACUUUCUUAGUUGACGCUCUUUGGUGAAAUGGUUAUCAAUAGACUGGCAAUAUUAAUGUACUUAGUAAAGUAGUUUUCUUUUUCUUUAGGCAAAAUAUAUAGGAAAACAUGUGAAAAUUAUAUUCACUUCAUUGUACAUGCCUAUGUGAGGGAGUUGUUGGAAUGCCCUGUUCACUAAAAAGAGAGAGAGAGAUGAUGAUGUUUGUGUGCACACGAGCGGUGUCUGGUUAAGUUGAUGGGUAUAAAGGAUAUGGUUGCAUGUGUGUGGGUGUGCAUGCUGUUUGCUCGUGUGCCUGGAAUGGGAUGCCUGACUACUCCUUGAUGACAGCUAAGUGUUAACAUCAUUCUCAACCUCUGAGUUCUUUGGUGGAAUGAAACACGUUGCCAAAGUUAUCAGUUAAGUAAAGCUUAUUUUCUGAAAA